GGAGGAGGCGGGGGAGGAGGCGGCCGAGAGGGCUGUCGGCGGCGCCUGAGAGGAGGAAAGAGGCGGGACGCGAUGUGAGGAUCCGCGGAAGGCGGCGGCGGCGACGCCCCAGGGACGCGGCAAAAGACUUGCCUGUAAUCCCACCCCCAAUAGAAACAUGAAAUUCUGGAUAACAGGAGUGCUACUCAAGGUUUACAGUUCACUUGGUAAAAAUAGUUGUGAGCUCUGAUUGAUGGUCCUUUUGGAGAUGAUCCUUCCAAUCUCAAAAGCACACAAAAUGGAGUUAGAAGCUUCAUUAUGAAGCAAAGUGGUUGGAGAAAACGUGCCAGUGACAGAGAUGGCUGGGGAGCCUGGGGAGGAUAUAUGUCUGCCAAGGUUCAAAAACUGGAGGAUCAGUUCCGUUCAGACGCAGCUAUGCAACUACAAAAAGAUGGAACUUCCUCUGGUAUCUUCGAUGGAGUUGCUAUUUAUGUCAAUGGUUAUACAGAUCCUUCAUCUGACGAAUUGAGGCAUCUAAUGAUGUUGCACGGAGGGCAGUAUCAUGUAUACUAUUCUAGAUCCAAAACAACGCACAUUAUUGCUACAAAUCUUCCAAAUGCCAAAAUAAAAGAACUCAAAGGAGAAAAAGUAGUACAACCAGAAUGGAUAAUAGAUAGCAUAAAAGCUGGGCGGCUCCUUUCCUAUGUUCCAUAUCAGCUUUACACGAAACAAUCAAGCACUCAGAAAGGCCUCUGCUUUAAUACCAUAUGCAAAACUGAAGAUCCUAUCCCAGGUCCUAGCAAUAUCUCUGUGGAGAUCAACAGGGUAAAUUGUCUAGUACAAAAGCAUGAAACAGAGAAUGAAGUUAAAGCCAAUGGACUGAAUAAGUUGAACAAGGAGGAUGAGACUGAAGACACAGGAUUCUUGGAACUAGAGCAAGGCUUUUCUGAGAACAAACAGAAUGGAAUUCAUCCUAAAGAAAACAUGUCCAUUUUUAAUGGACAUGUUUCCAAUAGUGCCUUAAAGACACAGGAUAACAUGGUAUUUUCUGGCAACAUUACAAGUAGAUUGUCACCAGAUCCUGUACAGAAAGAGGAAAGGACUGAAAAAACUGAUUUUAGAGACUCAACGCCACAUUUGCAACAAAGCAACAAAGAUACAGAACUUUUACAGAAUAUGCAUAGGACUAUGGGUAAUUCAUCUUUUUCAAAUUUGCACAAUAAUAGCAAAAUAAAUGGUGCUUACCACUCUGCCAUUCAGGGGCCUUCAAGCACAAAAAGCACUAUCCCAGCACCUGCUCCUAGUAAGGUAGAUUCUUCACCUCUGUCCAGAUCUUUGAACUCCAAUUUCAUUUCUGACUUUUAUGCACGUUCAAGAUUACAUCAUAUAUCUACCUGGAAGUCUGAAUUUACGGAGUUUGUCAACACACUCCAAAGACAAAGUAGUGUCGUGUUCCCAGGAAGAGAAAAGUUGAAAAAACUAAAAUCAGGGCAAUCUAUGGUUAAGAAAACAAACUCAUAUCAUUUAUCCAUCAUGAACACAACCAAGCAUCAGAGCUGUAUAAUGCACGUGGAUAUGGAUUGCUUCUUUGUAUCAGUGGGCAUUCGAGAUCGACUAGAUCUGAAAGGUAAACCAGUGGCUGUCACAAGUAACAGAGGAUCGGGAAAGGCAUUGCUUCGUCCUGGUGCAAACCCACAGCUGGAAAGACAAUAUUACCAGAAUAAAUUAUUGAAUGGCAAAGCAGAGACUGGUGAACUGGACUCAGCAGAUGAAGACAGUGUAGAUGCUACACAGGUGAAUGGAAUUAACUUUGAUCUCUCUGUAUCAUCAAUGGCUGAGAUUGCAUCAUGCAGUUAUGAAGCCAGGCAAGCUGGUAUAAAGAAUGGAAUGUUUUUCGGAGAAGCAAAACGGUUAUGUCCAAAUCUUCAAGCUGUCCCUUAUGAUUUUCAGGCAUAUAAAGAAGUUGCACAAACCAUGUAUGAAACCUUGGCAAGUUACACUCAUAAUAUUGAAGCAGUCAGUUGUGAUGAAGCCCUAGUAGAUAUCACUGAAAUCCUUGUAGAGACUGGAUUGAUACCAGAAGAAAUAGCAGAUGUUAUCCGCACUGAAAUUAAAAACAAGACCAAGUGUCCUGCUUCCAUUGGAAUAGGUUCCAAUAUUUUAUUGGCUAGAAUGGCAACUCGCAAAGCUAAACCAGAUGGACAGUAUCACUUAAAGUCAGAAGAUGUGGAUGAUUUUAUCAGAAACCAAUUGAUUAUUCAUCUUCCAGGAGUUGGUAGGACAAUGGAAUCUAAGUUGUCAUCUCUUGGGAUAAAAACGUGUGGCGAUCUACAGUGUGUCACAAUGUCAAAACUACAGAAAGAAUUUGGUCCAAAAACAGGACAAAUGCUCUAUAGAUUCUGCCGUGGUCUAGAUGACAGGCCUGUUCAAAGAGAAAAGAAGAGAAAAACUGUUUCAGCAGAGAUCAACUAUGGUAUAAGAUUUACUCAGCCAAAAGAAGCAGAAGCUUUCCUUUUGAGUCUUUCCGAAGAAAUCCAAUGCAGGCUAGAAGCUGCUGGGAUGAAAGGCAAGCGGUUAACUCUCAAAGUCAUGGUCAGAAAAGCUGGAGCUCCAGUGGAAACUGCAAAAUUUGGAGGCCAUGGAAUCUGUGAUAAUAUUGCCAGAACCGUGACCCUCAGCCAUGCAACAGAUAGUGCCAAAAUGAUUGGGAAAGAAAUAUUGAAUAUGUUUCAUACAAUGAAGUUGAAUAUCUCUGAUAUGAGAGGGGUUGGAAUUCAAGUACAUCAGUUAGUUCCCAUUAAUAAAGCAACUGUAGCAAUUUCUUCUCACUCGUCAUUGCAGUCUGGAUUCUUACCUCAGGGAUCUAAUUCUAUUAUUGAUCUUCUGCAAGUUCCAAAAGCCAUAAAGAAUUCGGAAGAAGACCGCAAGGAAGUAUUUGUAGCUGCUGUGGAUGUUGAAAUAUCUUCCACAUCAAAAUCAUAUCCAGUGCUGCCAUCUCUAACAUCAAAUGUCAAUCAUGUUACCAGCAAAUCUGAACCUGCAGUUAAUUUGAAUGGUUUGCAUCCACCCAUAAAUAUCAAAUCAAGGCUUAAUUUAAGUAUUGAGGUACCAUCACCUUCCCAGUUGGAUCAGUCUGUGUUGGAAGCACUCCCACAUGAUAUUCGAGAGCAAAUAGAGCAAGUGUAUUCCCUUCAACAAGCGGGGACAAGCAACAGUAGCAAGAAGGAACCAGUAAAUGGAUACAACACUAGCUUUCCAUCACAUCCAGUGGGAGCCCUCCUUUUACAAAUACCAGAUCUCAAAGAAUCAGGAAAUGAUGCAGAAAUUAAUGUAAUAGCUCUACCAGCAUUUUCACAGGUGGACCCUGAGGUUUUUACUGCACUACCUUCAGAGCUGCAAGAGGAGCUAAGGCAGGCAUAUGACCAAAGGCAGAAACAUACAGUUACCAUCUGCCAGCAGACAAAUUCCACUGUAUCAAAAAACCCUUUGCAGAACUUGAAACCAGUUAUAAAAAACAAGAAAAAAAGAAGGGAAAAUAACCACGUCAGUCCAAUGAAAAAACACCACAGUCCUUUGAAAAACAGGUUUGUUGGGAGCCCUACCAAAAGCUCUACUGGAAGCCCACAGAAAUUAAUGGAUGACUUUUUAAAACAGGAAGGAGCAGCCACAGAACGUUCCCAGAUAGAACCAGCGCAAAUCACUGCAAAUACAGCCAGCACAUCCAUUUCACAGCCAUUAUUGUCUGCUGCUACUAGGCCUCAGGCACCUAAUUUAGCUGGAGCUGUUGAGUUCAAUGAUGUAAAGGCAUUACUCAAGGAAUGGAUUACAACUAUAUCUGAUCCUAUGGAGGAAGAUAUUCUACAAGUUGUGAAAUACUGUACUGAUCUGAUUGAAGAAAAAGAUUUAGAAAAGCUGGAUCUGGUCAUAAAGUAUAUGAAAAGGCUAAUGCAGCAGUCUGUGGAAUCAGUUUGGAACAUGGCAUUCGACUUCAUACUUGACAAUGUUCAAGUGGUCUUGCAACAAACUUACGGAAGCACAUUAAAAAUUAUGUGAAGUGAGCUUGUAGAAAAGGAUGUGGUGAGGGCCUGGUGCUCCCCAGUAGCUGUGCCAUAAGUGCUUGUGAGGUAUUUGCAAAGUGCAUGAUAGUAAAACCAAGUUUUUAUAAGUUGGAAUUUUUUUUAAGGAAGAGAGUGUUUUGUACAUUUUCUUUCAAGAAAGUGCCAAAAUUUGUCAGUAUUGCAUGUAAAUAACUGUGUUCAAAUUCUUUUAUUGUAGCAUAGAAUCUAUUUACAAAAUGUUGGUUUAUAAAGGUUUUAUGGAUUUUUACAGUGAAGUGUUACAGUUGUUUAAUAAAGAACUGUAUGUAAUUUGUA